AUGACUUUCAAGAGAAGAAACGGCGGGAGAAACAAGCAUGGCCGUGGCCAUGUGAAGUUCAUCCGUUGCUCUAACUGUGGCAAAUGCUGCCCUAAGGACAAAGCUAUCAAGAGGUUUCUGGUGAGGAACAUUGUUGAGCAAGCUGCAGUUAGGGAUGUCCAGGAGGCUUGUGUUUAUGAUGCUUACACUCUUCCUAAGCUGUAUGCAAAGAUGCAAUACUGUGUUUCUUGCGCCAUCCACUCUCACGUUGUGAGGGUUAGAUCGCGGGAAAACAGGAGGAACCGUGAACCCCCACAGCGUUUCAGGCGUCGGGAGGAUACACCAAGGCCUGCUGCUCCUGGUGCACCUGGUCAGGCUCCACGCCCAGCAGGAGCGCCAGCUGCUCGUCCAUGA